GCUAUGCACCGAUAACGUUGUGUACGCAAAGGUUCCGAUUUGUCAUUUGUGGGUGACACCUAACCAGAACCGCAUGGCAUCAACGCGAGGUCUUGUUCCAUACAACGGCUGUGUUAUUGUUCAAACAUCAAUAUUCUAUGAUAUCGUUGCGAGGGAAACUCGAGGUCAAACAGUACCACCUGAUAUUCCAGGCCCCGAAGCUCGAGUCGGGGUUGUAUAUUCCUUUGGCUUAUAAGUAUGCUAUGCUAAAUGAUACCAAUGGCUCCGCACGGUUCGGUUCAGCAUGUUUCGGUCACUCCUUAGAUUCCCCACCAAGCCUCGCGGUCACAAAGACGCAGAGAAGGAUGCAGAGAGGGAACUCGUUGAAGUCAUGGAACUUUUCUCUAAAUACCCAUCAUAUCUGGCAGAGACUGACAAGACCGAGUUCAAGAAUGAAUAUGAGAGACUUCAGCGCGAAAUACAGGUGUAUAAAAUCGAGAAAUCAACAGCAAAACUGAGGAAUGCGGAUGUGAUAUUGGAUGACUGCAGGGCCCUCAAAGGCAAAGUCCAAAAGACGAUCCGCCAUCGUAGAGUAACUUCUGUGAGAGGAGAAGUUUCCGCGCCCACAGGUGUAGUAGGCAGAGGGCACGAGAAGUUGAACCCACCACCUGCUAGAGACGCAUCAGCAACAGAAUCUAGCGACUCAAAUGAACCACCAAACGUCAAGACCAUAGGCUCGCUUCCUACAACACCGGCAGACGCAUCGGCUACUGAUAAGACUCGUUUCAAACCUCAGUCUGGUGUCCCUUCGGUUAACCCUGGUUCUGGCCUCCCUCAAAGCUAUCAUAUUCCUGUACACGCUAACUCGACGCAGGCAAUUUCCCAAGCAACGUCAGGAAUCUCGUGUGCAGUGGACUCGACGCGGGCAAUUUCCCAAGUAACGUCGGGAAUCUCGUAUGCAGUGGACUCGGCGCAGGCAAUUUCCCAAGUAACCCCGGGAAUCUCCCGUGCAGUGGACUCGAUGAUCAUGGUGGGUACCAGUGCAGCGUACCCAACUAUGAAUGUCGACUCCCCAGAUUGCUCCGGUGCUAGUACGAAUUUUGAUCAUUCCUUUUUGACGGCAUUGACAACUUCAAUCACAGAAAUCCUCUCGCACGGGCCCCAGGCUCUUCAGCAGGUACCUCAGCCCGCUCGCCCUCCGCGAGCUGUUGGUAGACGUGCACAACAGCAACCCCGUAGAUUCGCGAAUGCAAACAUUUCGUGCAAUAGUUCUAUGAUACUCUCCGGUUCCAGUGUGAGGGGCGCUACGUUGAAUGUCAACGCCAGAAACUGUUCUGGAGCUGGUAAGCACUUCUUGUCUAGUCGAAUGUUAAAUCAGCUGAAAAAACACGUUGCAUAAACGGUAGUGUUUUCUCGUGAUAAUAAUCUCAAGAGGGUCCGAUAGAGAAGGAUAGGGAUAAUCAGUCAUUAGAGGGGAGCACAAAGGAUCUGGUCCGGAUGCAUAAUAUGUUUAACCCGUUAUCAGAUGAAGAUUAAUUACUUAUGGAUGGUUUAAGACUUGCCACGUACCUAAUUAUUAUGCGUGUGAUGCGAAGGAAACAUGCGUCCGAGGCGUGUGAAGGAGUUGAGGAAGCUCAUUGAUGGAUGUAGUGCUCAUCUGUCACAAACGGCCCAACGGUUAAGCUUUUGAUCAUUAAUGACAAUUUUCACCAAUGACUUUCGUUGUCGUUGUACAAAAAAAUUAGUGGCUCGUUCUGUGUUGUAAAAUUAAUCGGUCAUUCCGGUAUGCC